AUGAAUGGGGAGGAAGGGUUUCAGCUUGUACCAACAGCCUUUACUGUUGAGGCUUCUAGGAAGGCACUCACUGAAAUGAUUAUAAUAGACGAGUUGCCUUUUAGGUUUGUUGAAGGAUAUGGGUUUCAAAGAUAUUCAACAACCUUACAAUCUAAGUUGCAAAUUAGGGAUAUCCCAUCUCAUCAAACUGUGGCUAGGGAUGUGAUUAGCAUUUAUGGUGUUGAGAGAGAGAAACUAAGGGAAGCCUUGAAAGGUCGUAGGGUGUGCCUUACUAUGGACACAUGGACUAUGGAUAAUGCUUCCUCUAAUGGUACUACCAUUAAAUUUUUACAAACAGUAACUAAAGAUUGGAAAGGGACUGUUUUAGAACAUGAGUUCUUGCACAUGAGGUGUUGUGCACAUAUCUUAAAUCUGAUUGUGGGAGAUGGUUUAAAAGAAAUUGAUGCAUCCAUUGCUAGGGUGCGUGAAGCGGUGAGGUGGAACUCUACCUAUCUCAUAUUAGAUAUUGCUGAAAAAUUUGAGAAAGUGUUCCUAAGAAAAGACUUUGAGGAUGAUAGCUAUUCUUCAUACUUUUUGAACAAGGAAAAUAGUGUUGGUUUGGGAUCUCCUUGUGGGGUUGAUUUUCAAAAUUGUAGGACAUUUGUGGGUUUCUUGAAACUUUUUAACAAUGCAACAAAAAAGUUCUCCGAUUCUUUGUAUGUGACUUCAAAUACCUUCUUUGAUGAGAUGUUUAUGAUUCAAGAGAAUAUUGCUCAUUUAAUUAAAUCUCAAAAUCAUCUCUUGAAAAACAUGGCAACUAAAAUGGAAGCUAAAUUUGAAAAGUACUGGGGGAAGGGGGAUAAAAUUAAUAAGCUUUUGUAUGUGGCUGUGGUUCUUGAUCCAAGGAAGAAAAUGAGGUUUUUGAAGUUUUCUUUUUCUGAAAUUUAUGGGGAUGAAGUGGCUGAUGAGAUGGUUGAUUUGGUGAGGAAUUUCAUGGAUAGGUUAAAUGAUGAUUACUCUAGGGUUGAUUCACCAAAUGUGGUACUACCAAGUGAGAAUGGGAGGACACACAUGGAAGGUAAUACAAUUGGUUGUAGUGAUCCAUAUGUGAUGGUUAAUUCACGAUAUGAGCGGUUUUUAGAGGCUGAGAAUAUAGGGUGUAGCAAUGAGAUUGAAAAAUAUUUGGCUGAAAAUUGUGAGAGUAGAAGGGAUGUGAAAUUUGAGAUUUUGGGGUGGUGGAAAGCCAAUUCAGAUAGGUACCAAGAGCUGUCCAAAAUGGCUAAGGAUUACCGGAGGGCGCAUACUUGA